AUGCCAGUCACAGCCGUGCAGUGCCAGGCUGGCAGGGGAGCCUCUCUGCUGUGUGUGAAACAACCUUCAGGUGGCGUUGGCUGGUCCCAGGGUGGCCCACUGUGCCCAGGGACAGGCUGCGGUCCUGACAAUGGGGGCUGUGAACACGAGUGUGUGGAAGAGGUGGAUGGUGGUGUGUCCUGCCGCUGCAGUGAAGGCUUCCGUCUAGCCGCAGAUGGACACAGUUGUGAAGACCCCUGUGCCCAGGCCCCCUGUGAGCAGCAGUGUGAGCCUGGUGGGCCACAGGGCUACAGCUGCCACUGUCGCCUGGGCUUCAGGCCAGCUGAGGAUGAGCCACACCGCUGCGUGGACACGGAUGAGUGCCAGAUUGCUGGAGUGUGCCAGCAGAUGUGUGUCAACUAUGUUGGUGGCUUUGAGUGUUACUGCAGCGAAGGUCAUGAGCUUGAGGCAGAUGGCAUCAGUUGUAGCCCUGCAGGAGCCAUGGGUGCCCAGGCUUCCCAGGACCUUAGAGAUGAGUUGCUGGAUGAUGGAGAAGAAGGGGAGGAUGAAGAGGAGGCCUGGGAGGUCUUUGAUGGCACCUGGACAGAGGAGCAGCGAGUCCUAUGGAUGUCACCUACACGACCGCCUGACUUUGGCCUGGCCCAUAGGCCCAAUUUCCCACAGGAUGGAGAGCCUCAGAGAUUGUACCUGGAGCCUACCUGGCCACCCCCACUCAGUGCCCCCAGGGGUCCCUACCACUCCUCAGUGAUCUCUGCCACUCGGCCCAUGGUGAUCUCUGCCAUGAAACCCACUCUACCUUCUGCCCACAAGACCUCUGUUAUUUCAGCCACACACCCACCCCUGAGCCCUGUCCAUCCACCUGCCAUAGCCCCUGCCACACCUCCAGCUGUGCUCCCUGAGCACCAGACCCCCAAAAUCAAGGCCAAUUAUCCAGACCUGCCUUUUGGCUACAAGCCUGGGAUUAUUUCAGCCACUCGCCCAGCACAGCCUCCUGCUUAUCAGCCGCCCACUAUCUCAACCAAGUACCCUCAAGUAUUCCCUCCUCACCAGUCCCCUAUGUCUCCAGACACCCACACUAUCACUUAUUUGCCUCCAGUCCCACCUAACCUUGACCCUGGGGAUACCUCUUCCAAAGCCCGUCAACACCCCCUGGUCCCAGAUGUUCCAGGCAUCAGAACCCAGGCUCCCCAGCUUUCUGUCCCAGCUGUCCAGCCCUCUCUGGCCAGCAGCUCCAGGUCCUCAGUCCAUGAAGUGCCUCUGUCUGAUGCCACCCAUCCUCCAGCUCCCCCUUCCACGGUUCCCCCCCAGAGGCUUAUUAAUCAGACCUCAACUAUCAGCCCUACACGUCCCUAUUCCAGAGCCCCUCUAGUCCCAAGGGAAGGAGUUCCCAGUCCCAAAUUGGUGCCACGGCUGCCCUCAGUGGCCCCUACAGCAGCUCCAACAGCCCUGGCAGAAGCGGGUCUGGCAGGCCAAAGCCAGAGGGAUGACCGAUGGCUGCUGGUGGCACUCCUGGUACCAACAUGCGUUUUCUUGGUGGUCCUGCUUGCACUGGGGAUUGUGUACUGUACCCGCUGUGGCCCCCAUGCCCCCAACAAGGGCAUCACUGACUGCUAUCGCUGGGUCACACAAGCUGGCAACAAGAGCCCAACAGAACCCAUGCCCCCCAGAGGCAGCCUUACAGGGGUACAGACCUGCAGAACCAGUGUGUGA